UUAAAAUAGACAUAUUGCAUGACUUUCUUUAACUAAAUUGCUAUAAAAAACCUUUUUCCACCUUAAUUACAACGCAUCAGAAGAGCUGCUUCUUCCCCCCUCCAGUCUGUAAUCCAAGCAGGAGAGAGGGAGAGAGAAUGGAAGGAGGAGAGCAGGAGAUGGAGGAAUUGGAGAGGAAAGAUGUGGGGCUGAAAGAGCUGUCGAAGAAGCUUCAGAGGUUUGCAGAAGAGCGAGAUUGGGAGCAAUAUCACAGUCCAAGGAAUCUUCUUCUUGCCAUGGUUGGGGAGCUAUCAGAAAUUUUCAUGUGGAGGGGAGAAGUGGCAAAAGGACUACCAAACUGGAAGGAAUCAGACAAGCAGCACUUAGGAGAGGAACUCUCAGAUGUUUUGCUCUAUCUCAUAAGGCUUGCAGAUAUAUGUGGAAUUGAUCUUGGAGAUGCAGCAACUAAAAAGAUAGUAAAAAAUGCCAUCAAAUAUCCUUCCAAAUCUAUAUAAAUUUAGCUCAUGAGACGCUCAAUGCUCCUCUCAGCUUUCACUAUAUUUUCAUGCCUUUUGUUUUUUUUUUUUUUUUGGCUAUUUUCACUAUAAUUGUCUAUUGUAUUAUGUAUGGUGACCGAGGGAGUUGCAUAAACAAGUUGUUUAAGA